ACAUAUUUAACAGACGGACUCAAUGGUCCAUCCUGUAAUCGUAGCCCGUGAUACAUUUUGCAGCUGUUUUUACGUUUGUGUACGAUGAGAUACUAAGCAAAGACGUUUAACAGAAACAUUAAAUAUUAGCCACAUGAUGGUGGAACUUCUUGGCGUUCUUUGAAAGACAACGACCCUUUUUACGAGUCAACAAAGGUCGACUUCCGACAAUGUUGCUGACAAAGUGUCGCCUGUCCAAAGCGCUACAGCUCACCCUGGCGGUCAUUAAACCAGAUGCAAUGGCUCAUCCCCUGAUGGUGGAGGCGCUUCACCAAAGCAUCCUGGAUAACAACUUUGUCAUUGUUCGACGCAAAGAUCUAGUAUGGAGAAGAGAAGAUUCCGAGAGGUUUUAUGCUGAACAUUCAGGACGAUUCUUCUAUCAAAGACUUGUUGAGUUCAUGUCAAGUGGUCCCAUGCGUGCGUACAUUUUAGCCAGAGAGGACGCCAUUCAGCACUGGCGGGAGCUGAUGGGUCCGACCAAGGUGUUCCAAGCCAGAUACACCUCACCGGGGUCUCUGCGGGCUCAGUUCGGACUCACGGACACACGAAACACGACUCACGGCUCAGAUUCCACAGAGUCUGCCCGACGAGAAAUUGCUUUCUUCUUUCCAGACUUCCGUGUGGAGGAGUGGAUGGAGAUGGAGGAGCCCGGCUUCAGAUCGGGACAGAUACAUUACGACCAUCACAACCACAUCCACACUCUCUCAGCAACGAGCUGACCCCAGGUCUGCUCAGACCUUUUAGUAGCUACUUAACUCGGAUGUUAGUUACUGAUACAAAAAAAAACAAGGACCUGUUUAUGUUACUUUAUUUUUUAUUGUCAUUAAAAAACACAGAAAUCCAGACAGAACAAAGGACACAAGAGUACAAACGACACAUGAAAUCGUAACAAACACACUCCAGGCCAGGCUUCACUCUUAAUAGUGCAAUCUUCAAAUGUCAGCAUCCUGAGACAUGUGCCCUUUUAUCAUUACGACAAAGUAUUUAUUUUUGAGUUUAAUACACCGUUACAACCUUUCCCACUUAAAAGAUUGUGCAAGUCAUUAAAUUGUAUCCAUUCACUUUUUGUUGUGAUGAUAGAUUCGACAUAGGGUAUGAUACAGCUCUUGUACUGGAUCUGUCUAUUCAUCACAGUGGAUGAAAAACAAAAAAACAAUGGCCUUCAUUCCCUGCUUUAUUGUUAUUUAUCUCAGUCAAAAUAAGUCAAUUAUUCUCCAAAUAAA